AUGGUCAACUUCGCCCUCAGCGCCGUCGCCACCCUGGCCGCCCUGGCCCCCCUCGCUGCCGCCGCUCCCACAGCAUCUGCGGCCCCCGAGGUCUUCUCCUUCGUCAAGUGGGUCGACGGCAUCAUCGCCAACCCGCACGGCGACAACCUCACUCCCGAGGAGGCCGUCGAGGCGUACUACAAGUCCGUCAACGCCUCCGAGGCGGCUGCCUUGGACUGGGACUAUGGCCGCGCUCGCAAGCGUGACGAUGCCGCUGAGGAAGCUACCCCCGAGUGGGAUUACGGCAAGCGUGACGAGGUCCCCGAGGCAGCUGCCACUCCGGACUGGGACUAUGGCCGCGCUCGCAAGCGUGACGAUGCCACUGAGGCAGCUUCUCCUGACUGGGACUACGGCCGGGUUCGCAAGCGUGCCAAGUGCAACACCAUCGCAGGCACCCAGGCUUCGGUACGGUUCUUCACGGUCGCCGAUGCCGUCUCGUGCAUCAACUACCUUGCCGGCCUCGGCAGCACAUCGUGCGUCGUCUCCAACGCGAAGAGCCACUUCUGCACCAUCGGCAAUGCGCAGAUCACGGGCGUCACUUCGGGCAGCAUUCCCGCAGCCUCUUCCUGCAAUGAUGUCGCCCGUGGUGCGGGCUAUAUCAUGGACGCGUGCACUCUGAAGGACAAUACUGUCCAGGGUUCUGAGUUUGCGUAUGGCAACGGGGAUCUCCUCGUCUGGAUCCGCAAGCCUGAGUAA